AAUUUAAAACACGCACACAUGCGAAUUUGUGAGACUGCACACGCAAGAAUCACCUUCACAGAAUUAUAUUUUGCUUAGAACUUGGUGUAAUGGACGUAUUGCCAGAAGACGGCACAGAUAUUGAGAUAAGACUCGAUGGAACUAUACAAGAUAAUGAAGUCAAGGAAGUUAAAGAAAAGACCCGCAAACUGUCUCGUCGCAAGCGCGAACAUGAGAAAAAUGAAUCGCAUGUUGUUGUUGCCACAGCGGCCGUAAAAGCGAAAUUGCCCAAGCCAGAGGGCAAAAAGUUACGCAAGAAACUCAUCGAAUUUGAGCAGGAGAAUCAAACGUUGGCCAAGACUAUCAGUGAUAAGAAUCAGGAAAUUUGUGCCCUCAAGCAGUCCGUGGACUCGCUAAAUGAGGUGCUAAAUUCGGUGCCCAUGGAUGAGUUGCGUUGCAACUCCUCCAUUGCCAGCUCCAAAAUUCUUGAGCUGAGCAAAAAGAAUCGCCAGAUGCGUGCCGAGCUGGAGCAGCUAAAGAAUCGCGUUCUUAAGAAGGAAAUGCACAUCGAGAAGCUGGAAAAAGAACGAAAGAACUGCAAUGACAAGAUGACACACAAUGGCGAACAGGCUAAGAAGGGAACUGCAGCUGAUGAGUUACAGGCGAAGAUUAACAGCAUGCAGCAGAAGUUCUUCGAGACGCGCAACAAGAAUACCGAGCUGCAGAAUCAGCUCAAGUUGGCCCAAAAGUGCUUGCAGCAUGAGGUUGGUGAAACCGUCAACAUCAAUCUGUUGGCCAACAAUUUGGGCCAGGCCAGCUGGCGUGGACGGGCCCAACAAAUCCUGACACUGCAACAGAAGCUGCAGGAGCUGAAGGUACGCAUGGAAAGCUACGAGCAGGGGAUGCCCGAGCGCGGUGACUAUGUGCCCAUUGCACACGGUUCGGAACUGGAACGGGGCGGCACUCAGAGUCUUAGGGGAACGCCUCGUGGUGUCAAACCGAUGAAUUCUCCUGGUAGAAACAGCACCACACUGAGUGUGGGUGGUGGCGAUGGAUGUAGCGGCGGUGCCACCUUUGAUCGCUUCACGCCGGGCGUGCGCAAGAGCGAGAUCCUGCAUCGGGCCAAGGUGGAGACGCUGGAGAAGGAGAUAGAAGCACUGCGAGCACAGCUGGAUGAACAACGCAAUCGUACCCUGGCCCUCAAGGUGCGCAACAAGACACUCAACGAUGACAUGCUCAAAUAUAAGAUGCGCUCCACCGAACUGGAGGAGAACUCCGACUACAGCGCCACAAACGCAUCCUCCAUGACCGAUAAACUGAAAGCACAGCGCGCUCAAUACGAGACCCGCCUGGACGAUCUGCGCAACGAUGUGAUUCGCAUUGCCGAGGAUCGUGACAUUGCCAGGCGACAGAUGGAUGAGCUGAGCGGCAUGAAUCUGGAGCUGCACAAUGAACUCAAGCAGAAGGACAGCUCCAUUCAGGCACUGCAGGAUACGAUCAAGAAGCUGGAGACCGAUUUGCGGGCAAUCACAGGUGGUUUUCUAUUCUCCUGCCGCGAGUUUCGUAAGGAAGAAUUUGUUGGUAUACUGGACGCCUUAGAGGUAGAGAAGAAUCAGUUAUUGCUGCUGAAUAAAGCACAGGAGGAGCGCCUGGAAGUGGAGCGUCUAAAGAACGAAUCUGCAGUCGAUCAAAUAGCCAAACAGAAGACACGCCUCUGUCGCAUGGAGGUGAAGAUACGUGACCUGGAGAAGGAGCUGGAUGUGCAGACGGAUCGCAAGAAGCGCAGUCAACGCAUCACCGAAUAUGCCAAUCAAGUGGGUCGCAUUCCACUAACCGGCUCCAUCAGCUCCUUCAGCUUUGACAAUCAGUCGCAGUGUCCAUCGAUCAGCUCGAUGGGCUCCAUGAUCAGCAGCGAGCCAAAAAUUGAGGAUAUUAAGAAUGAAUUGGAGCUGGCCAACGAGAAGAUCACCAUGCUCACGGAGAAACUGGAGUAUAUCACGGCCGAGAAGCGCGCCGAUGCCAAGUUCUUUGAGGAGACCAUGUCCAACUCCAAAAAUAUCAUAUUGGACACAAUACUUGGUGCCCGUGAGGGUGCCAUUCAAGUGCAUCCCACACUCGAUCCGCCGCCAGCGGAGUUUGCCACCAGCGAUAGUUCCUAAAUGUUAACGCUAUCUCCAGUUUUGUUACUUAGUUGAAAUACAAACAUUAUUUGAAUGUGCCGCAACGAAACAA